AGUUCAAGUGGGUCAAGGACCUCCACCUAAAACCAGAUACACUGAAUCUAAGAAAAGAAAAUGGGGAAGAAUCUCAAAUACAUUGACACAGCGGGAAAUUUCCUGAACAGAACACCUAGAGAAAAGCUCAAAGUGAUGGAUCAGGGGGAACUGUGUUAAUGUUGAUGCUCAGGAAGCAAUGCACCACUCUGGAGCUCUGGAGAGGCUGGCCCUGAGGGAGGUGCUGCACAGUCCUGUACGCUUUCUGUGGCUUUAUAUUUUUUCUUGUGGAUUUAAAAUUCCUCAAAAAUUAUCUUUUCAGAAGAAAACUUACCCUGAAGACAGUAAAACCUAUUACAGAGUUAUGAGAAGAGAAUACAAUAUUACUUGACAUUCAAAGACAAAUGGAAUCUUAAAACUUAUUCAUGAUCCCCUGACUUAUGACAAUUGUGGCAACUCAGAAACAACGGGGAAUAGAUUAUCUUUUUAGUACAGAACACAAAGGCAGUUGGGAAAAAUAUGGGCUCUAAUCUUAGGCACUUGAAAGAUUUUAUGUUGAGGGUAGCUUUAAAUGUGAAAAAAAUAAAGCAAACAUUCAAAAUACAUAAGACUUCCUGUGACCUUGGGGGACAGAGGAGAAAAUUCCUACUCAGAAAUGGAAAAUAUUGACAGAACAGACUAAAUUAAAGUGAGGAACCUUUGUUUCACAAAGACAGUAUAAUAAGGUUAAAAUAGAAGGCAUAGAUAGAGAAAAUUAUUUGCAAUAUGUGUAAGCAAAAAGGGUAAUAUACUAAGAUGUUCUUCUGCAGACCAACAAGGUACCGACAAAUGUCUUACAGUAACAUGUAUAAAAGAACUCAUCAUGAGAAUGCAUUUGAAUGGUCAAUAAACAUGUGAAAGUUUUUAUACUUUCAUUAAUCAUCAUGGAAGUGCUAAGUCAAUGCACACUGCAACAUCACAGUACCUAGAGUGGUUAAAACUGUAAAGACAGCAUCAAAUGUUGGUUUGGAUCAUGGAGCAACAAGAAUUCUCAGGCAUUGCUGGAAUUGCUUUUCACACUGCUGGGAACGGAACUCAUACCACUGAAUGCGCUAGCAAGCACUCUACAAUUGAGCUGUAUUUUUAUUCCCAGCUUUUAAAGAAAUGUCUUCAAGAUAAUACUCACUAUAGAGCCCAUUAAGGCCUUGAGCUUGUGAUGAUUGAUGUGUCUUAACAGAGAUGGUACUGCAGGGGUGAACCACCAGGGGUAGCUCUGUACAUUGUCUACAUUUGAAAACUAUUUCACAGUGCUUGCCAAGACUAAAUGCAUCUUCACACUUUGACUCACAGCGAACAAUUUUAUAUUUAUAUGUGUGUGGAAGCAUGAAAGAUUUUUCAUAGGAUUAGCAAACAAAAUUCAAAGUGUUGGCACACACCUUUAAUCCCAGUACUCAAGGUAAAGUCAGACAGAUCUCUGGAAGUUCAGGGUCAGUCUGGUCUACAUCUCGAGUUUUAGGACAGCCAGGGUUGUGAAGAGAGACCAUGUCUCAAAAAACUCAAACCUAGAAAACUCCAAUGUUCCUCAUACGGAGUAUAUGCAAACAAAUAACACGAACAUAUAGAGGAAUGAAACAAAACAAUGGAAACAGGGAUACCGUAAAUGAAACUUACCCCAAAAAAGCUAGCAAAGGAAAGUACUAUAGCUGAGAAAUAUGGUACUUUAUAAAAAUUCUAAGAAAGGCAAAAUACGUAUGGUGAUAAAAGAUGAUGUAGUUCAUAGGAAGAGAGUAAAAACUAGUGAAUAGCAAGGGGAACAUGUUUGUCUAGAUACACGCUAUUUAUUCAUCUAGAUUUUGCUUAUUGGACUACAGUACCUUGGUGACUCCUGUGCUGUAUGUACACUUAAAACUGGUGCCCUUUGUAGAUUAUUUAUGACAUAGAAUUAAUGUAUUCAAAAGUCUUUCUUCAAAACUAAUAUUCCAUUUUCCCAUUUCAAAACUUUACCUUUCACUGAAAAUUAAGUCAGCCUAUGUCAGAAUUCAGUUGCUAAGAAUUCGACAUACAUUGUAGAAGAUCCUUCAAUGCAGGGCUGGAACUGAGAACAAAACUGAUUGCUACACUAGAGUAGUACACACGGUGGCGCUGCAGUCUAAGGAUUUGUAUAACAAGAGGCUCCCAGGAUGACCAGAACGCCAUUCCUGGAAAUCAGAAAGGGGGCAUUUGCCUCAGAUAGAGGGGAAAAGACUACUGAAAGCAAUUAUUUCGCCAAAACAUCUGUGUGAUUGAAACCGACAAGAUUCAGAAGAAGCAGAGCCCUCUGGAAAACAUCUAAACAAUGGAGACAGCGCUAACAAAAAUGCUAGAGAAAAGGCAAGUCGUUUUCCUUGCUAUAUUGUUGCUUUUGUGGGUGUCUGGUUCUGAGGCAAUUAUCUAUUCCAUGCCAGAAGAAACGGAGAGUGGCUACUUGGUAGCUAACAUGGCAAAAGAUCUGGGGCUCAGGGUUGGGGAACUGGCCAGUAGAGGGGCACGAAUCCAUCACAAUGGUAACAAAGAGCUCUUGCAUCUUGAUGCAGAGAGAGGGAAUUUGUUCCUGAAGGAAAAACCAGAUCGCGAGGCAUUGUGUGGGGUGACAGACCCCUGUGUGCUGCACUUCCAGAUCAUACUGGAAAACCCUGUGCAGUUCUUCCAAACAGACCUGCAGCUCACAGAUAUAAACGACCAUUCUCCAGAGUUCCCUGACACAGAAAUGCUCCAAAAUGCUCCUGAGGCUGUAGUUGCUGUUUUCAGUGUUUCUGACCCAGAUUCUGGGGAUAAUGGAAGAAUGGUGUGUUCUAUUCAGAACGAACUUCCAUUUCUUUUAAAACCCACAUUCAAGAACUUUUACACCUUAGUGACGGAGAGACCCUUGGACAGAGAGAACAAAGCAGAGUAUAACAUCACAAUCAUGGUCUCCGACCUGGGCACACCCAGACUCACAACCCAGCACACCAUAACAGUGCAAGUGUCCGACAUCAAUGAUAAUGCUCCCGCCUUCACUCAAACCUCCUACACCUUGUUUGUUUACGAGAACAACAGCCCUGCCUUGCACAUAGGCACCAUCAGCGCCACAGACCCAGACUCUGGCUCCAAUGGCCUUAUUAUCUACUCGCUGCUGCCUCCUCAUGACCAACAGCUGGCUCUCGCCUCGCUUAUCUCCAUCAAUGCAGACAACGGGCAGCUGUUCGCGCUCAGGGCAUUGGACUAUGAGGCCCUACAGGCCUUUGAGUUUCAGGUGGGCGCCACAGACGGAGGCUCGCCCGCACUCAGCAGCCAGGCUUUGGUGCGCGUGGUGGUGCUGGACGACAAUGACAAUGCGCCCUUUGUGCUCUACCCAAUGCAGAACGCUUCCGCGCCCUGCACAGAGCUGCUGCCCAGGGCUGCGGAGCCUGGCUACCUGGUCACCAAGGUGGUGGCAGUGGACUCUGACUCUGGCCAGAACGCCUGGCUUUCGUUUCAGCUGCUCAAGGCCACGGAGCCAGGGCUGUUCAGCGUGUGGGCGCACAAUGGCGAGGUGCGCACCACCAGGCUGCUGAGUGAGCGUGAUGUGCCCAAGCACAGGCUGCUGCUGCUGGUCAAGGACAACGGAGAGCCUCAGCGCUCUGCCAGUGUCACACUGCAGGUGCUGCUGGUGGAUGGCUUCUCUCAGCCCUACCUGCCUCUGCCAGAGGUGGCGCUCAACCCCACACCGGAAGAAGACUUACUCACACUCUAUUUGGUUAUUGCGUUGGCUUCUGUAUCAUCACUUUUCCUCUUGUCUGUGCUGCUGUUUGUGGGGGUGAGGCUGUGCAAGAAGGCCAGGGAGGCUUCUCUGGGUGACUGCUCUAUUCCUGAGGGACACUUUCCUGGCCACCUGGUGGAUGUCAGCGGUGCAGGGACCCUAUCCCAGAGUUACCAUUAUGAGGUCUGUCUGACUGAGGACUCUGGGACCUCCGAUUUCAAGUUCAUGAACCCCAUCAUUCCCACUAGUCUCCUUCAGGACUCCUACUAAACCUCAGUGUCAGGGAGACCUACCAUUCUCUAACUGAAUCAGAAUGAGCGUCGUGGUUAUUAGUUUUCUUUUUGCAUUCAAUAAUCUUUCCUUGAGACAAUAUAUCUCUAUGUUGAGUUUAGCUUCUUAUUUUACCAAUUCAAUCUUAAUGCACCAUUUUCUUUCACGAAUUCGAGACGGGAAUAAGUAACUUUGUUGUGUUUCUAUGAUCAUCUUAAAUAUUGUUCUUAGGAAUAAUUUCUUCCUCUGCUUUUAUAACUGUAUUUUGAAAUCUACCCCCUUGAAAUUGUAUCGUGUUUAGGGUAUGCAUAUAUCCUUUUAGGUAGUAUUCACUUUGAUUUUCACUUUCAUUGCUGUGUAUUAACUGUGCCAACUACAGCGUUUAUUGUGACAUUUUCAGAGGUAUUGUAUGUACCACACCAUGAUAACAUUCACCUAAUCACCACCUUCUAUAAUCACACUGCUUUCUCCCCAUCAGUCUCCUGAAUGCCCCACUUUGCUUUCAUGUGCUUCUCGUGUAAGAGUGUGAUAACUGAGCCUAAAUGAUCUGCAGUUUCAUUUAUUCCUGAAAACACCAAUUUCAUUUCUCUUGACACCUGAGUAAAGCAACCUCAUGUGCAUGUGUGUGUGUGUUUCCCUGCCCACAUGUCUAUUACAUAUAAUGGCAAAGCAGCUUUAUCUACAGCUGAUGAAGUGUGAACAUAAGAUACAGUCAUAUGUCAUAGUUUACAUCUUUUGUACACAAACUGAAGGACCAUUUAUUACUUUUACUGAUUAUUACAAUUACUAUUUUAAGACUUUAUUUGCUUGUAUACAAGACUAAAUUGCUACUAAAAUGUACCAGAAAUGACCUUUCUUGACUGAAGUCAUUGUAAGUCACUAAGUAUGAUUUUAUUUUGCAUGAGCAAACAUUUAGUGAGGCAUGUGUUUGAAUGAAAGUUCAUUUAUAAAUUCUGGAUAUAAAUGAGAGCACAUUAAACUUUCAACAGAAUAUGCAGGUGAAUGGCUUUUGGGUGUUUUAGUCUUUUAUUAUUAAUAUUUACUUGCCAUAUAAAUAGAGUGACUUAGUGCAAAUAUUUUUGUUGCUUCAUAUCAGUAGGUUCCUUUCUUCCUAUUUCAAUUUGUUAUGAUGUAGGAAUAUUUGGGGAUGAAAACUGUCAAUCCACAGCAAUAUUUUACCUACAACAUUGUAAUUAAAUGGUGUGCAAAUAUAGAAAUUUAUAAUGGAGAAAAACAAUAACAUUGGGAAGUUUAAAUUUUCUACAACUAAAAACAACAUGUAAAAUUGAACAAUGCCACAGAAUAUGACUAUUUUGUGUUAAAUAAAAAAGUGACUUUCAUAUGAUAAACCAUCAAACCAUUAUUCCUUGGUUAAUUUUAUUUAAAAUCCAUUUUCAUAUUUUAUUAUCCAGAUAUAUCUAUAUAGAAUUUGAAUUUUUUAUUUAAAAGAAAAAUAAUUGACCUUAUCAAAAUUUGAAAUUUGUUUUGGAAACUCUGGAAAAACAAGAAUUUAAUA